AUGCAAAAAACGAGAUACACUUUGGCAAAACAACUUGCCCUUGCACUGAUAGUAGCAGCACGAAAACUUCGUCAAUAUUUUCAGUCACAUCCUAUUAUAGUGCUCACCAAUCAGCCUCUAAAAUACAUUCUUCAGAAACCAGACGUCUUAGGAAGACUACUGAGGUGGGCAAUUGAACUUGGAGAAUUUGACAUAGAAUUCAAGCCCCGUCCUUCUAUCAAAACUCAAGCCUUAGCUUACUUCAUUGCAGAACUCACCCUAAGGCCUCGAGGGCCAGAUGGUAGCUCGAGCUCGACCACAGGCAUGUGGCAAAUUUUCGUAGAUAGAGCAUCAAACUCCUCGGGCUCAGGUGCAGGGGUCAUAAUCAUAAACCCGGACAUGCUCAUAAACAUUCAAUGUGCACUCAGGUUCGAAUUUGAAGCGACCAAUAAUGAAGCAGAGUAUGAGGCCGUCAUCAUAGCCAUGGAACUCCCCAUCAAUCUCGAGCUUGAAAAUAUCAAAAUUUACAGUGAUUCUCAGUUGGCGGUUGGACAAAUUGAAGGGACAUUCGAUAGGAAGGAUGAGAAGAUGAGCUUAUACUGCUUGAAAGUGCAUGAUCUCCAGAGAAAGUUCAAGGGGUGUGAAAUUGUGAAGAUUACUAGGGCUGAGAAUUGUGAGGCCGAUGCUUUGUCAAGAUUGGUGUUCAUGGGAAUAGAUGGACUUGACAGGAGAGUCCACGUUAGAAUUGUAAUCGAGCCAAGCAUCAAUCAGACCAUAGGCUUCAUGGAUAUUGAUGAUGAGCCAUCAUGGAUGGAUCCAAUAGUGGACUUCAUAAAACAUGGCAAUCUUCCAGAAGAUCCUCGAGCAGCAAGAGGCAUCCGGUCCAAAGCCCCAAGGUAUUGCAUUAUUGAGGGAGUUCUCUUUCGCAGAAGCCUCACACUUCCAUAUCUCAGAAGCCUUAAGCCUUCCGAAUCAUCCCAAACCCUAAAAGAAGUUCAUGAAGGGAUGUGCAGGAACCAUCAAGGAGCUCGAGCAUUAGCCUUCAAGUUCAUAAGGUAUGGAUAUUAUUGGCCUACCACGAAGAAAGACGCCCAGGAAUAUGUCAAGAAGUGUGACAAGUGCCAGAGAUUCGGCAAUAUCAUCCAUUCUCCCGCAGAAGACCUCACUAGCAUUAGUUGCACGACCCCGUUUAAGCAAUGGGGAAUUGACAUCCUCGGUCCCUUUCCAAUAGCUAGGGGGCAACUGAAGUUUGUGGCGGUGGCUGUAGAGUAUUUCACUAAGUGGGUGGAGGUCGAGCCUUUGGCAACAAUUUCAGAGCCUACGUUGAGAAGUCUCAUUUGGAAGUCCAUCAUAUGCAGGUUCGGGAUACCAAAAGUCAUCAUAACUGAUAAUGGCAGGCAGUUUGACAAUGCACAAUUUAAAAACUUCUACUCCAACUUGGGGGUCGAUCACCGUUUGACAUCAGUUUUCCAUCCUCAAAGUAAUGGUCUUGCCGAAGUAACCAAUCGGAUUAUAUUGCAAGACCUCUGUCCAAGGAUCGGAGAUGCAAGAGGUUCCUGGUUUGAUGAGUUACCUUCCAUACUUUGGACAUAUAGAACGUCCCACAGAAUCACUACGGGGGAAACCCCCUUCAUAUUGGCUUUCGGUAUUGAGGCCACCAUCCCUAUUGAAGUUAGGUUGCCCAGCCAAAGAAGGCUUGAGCCUGAAGACGCAGGAGACACCACUGAACACCUCGACCUCUUGGAAGAAGUUUGGGAUUAG